UUGCACGGCUUGUGAGAACGCAAAAGCAGAAUGCAUAUAUCCGGUAAAAGAUCGCAAGACAAAGGUCGGGCAAAGUUACCUUGAUCGAAUAUUGCAGGAGAACAAGCGGCUUUCAGCCCUUGUAGAAAAGGCCAAUCAUUCGAGUAUCGGAACGUCUACAACCACAGCAACAACCACAUCUUUACCUCGAGCCGAUAAUGCGGACCGCAACCCGUUGGUUGAAGAACGGCCAUGGUUUGUAUCUUUCCCCGCUGCGGGCUUGCCCAUUCACAUCGGCGAGGCUGCAGACGCGGCGUUCGCGACAAGACUUCGACAGGCACUCUCCAAGAACUCUGUUAGUCAUCUUCCACGCGUACAGUAUGUGAGCGACGACGUGUUGCGAUCCCUGGCAGAGAGUCCUCCGGAAUGGCCAAGGCCGUCACAUAUUCGCUUUCUUGUGAACGUGGCUUUGAGCAGGAUCGCAAAAUCGUUCCACAUGGUCCGCAGGAGCGAUGUUCUGAGCAAUGUGGAGUUGCUUAUUCGGAACCCUUCUUCUUGCGACUGGCUUACCCAGUGCCAGAUCCUGGCAAUCCUUGCGAUUGGCGAAGUUUAUUCAUCUCGAUCAGCCUUACCGAAUCGUCCUUUCCCAGGUUCACAUUACUGGGCUCGAGCGAUGGCGCUAGUAUACAUGCCCAGUGAACGGCCACAGUUGCAGCUGGUAGAAACGUAUUUGCUUCUAUCAUUUUAUGCAGCUUCGAUGAAUCGUCGACAUACUUCAAUCACAUUAGCUGGAUAUGCCGUACGUCUGUGUGUCAUUCUCGGCCUACACAUCGACAUCAGCGAGAUGCAGAUGCGAGAUCCCGCAUUGCGUGAGCAUAGAUGUCGUCUAUGGUGGACGGCAUAUCGCCUUGAUCGAGCUUGGUGCAGCAGGAUCGGCUGGCCUCCAUCCAUUCCAGAUGAGAGCGUCGAGAUCCGCUUUCCUUCGAAUGAGGGUAUUCCUGAAGAGGCAAAGACAGACUUUGAGGACGCACAGUACAUAAUUGCUGCAAUAAAACUUGCCAAGAUGCACAACCAUGCCGUACUGACUCUGUAUGUCCGAAAGCGACAGCCCACCUCGUUCUCAGAACGUGUCCAGGUUGCGGUGAGAGCACUCCGAGACUGGGCUAACAGCUUGCCUGAACACCUUGGAGUUAACUCUUCGGGCACCGAAUCGAUCGCAAGUCACAUCUUAUACCUCCACCUCGCCUACAACCAAGCCGUCAUUGUCAUAACACGCCCAAUAUUGCUACAUCUUCUUAGACAACGUCAUGCUCAGACAAAUAAUGACACACCUGCAGUUGUCCUUUCAGAGUCUGCUCGUUCCCUAGCAGCCGCAUGUAUCCAGUGCGCUCGUCAAUCUAUGAGUUGGUUGAAACGUAUUUGGGCGGAUGGUACUUUCCAAACUUUUGAUUACUAUAGCAUGCAGUUUCUCUUCUCAUCAGCAACGAUUCUCGCAUUGUCGUCUUGUAUGCAGGAGCCUGGCUCUGUUAGUGACAGGGAAGACUUUUCACUCGCAUGCUCCUUCUUGCAGCAACUAGAGCGCAGCGGAAAUUUCGGGGCUAUGGAGUUCUGCACCCAUUUUGAUGCAAUUCAAAGAGUUCUGUCAGAGAAUCUUGCGCCGUCCGGUAGCAUGGGCGACAUAUCUGCCACGAUCGCGACCCACAACACACCAAGAGGGAUGAACGACAUCACGCCGCCAAUACAAUUGCCGUCAAUGCCAGGCGCUCCGCUUCAGGACUUUCUCAAUCAGAGCAACCUGGAUCUUGACUUUGUGGAGAUGGGUGGUCAAUGGGUAGACUGGCAGGACGUGUUCUGGCCGCAAAUUGAUUUGCCAGCAACAUUGCCUUAAAUACCUCCAUAUUCAAAUAUUAACUCGUAGUCCAAG